AUGUGCUCCAAUAGGUGCAAGACCUAUCGCCCUGCACCCAGGGGCUGUGGCCAUGCUAUUGCGGCCACCUACGAGAUCUGGAACGAGACGUUGAUGAGCAAGAUCGAGAUCUUGAGGGAAAAUGCGCCGUUUGCCUGGGCGAAACACCACCAAGCUCUCAGGGCUCUGAAAUUUUGGAAAUUCUUUGAGGCCUUGUAUCUACCUGGCAUCGAGAUGACUGACUGCUUGGUUCAACUUUCUCUACGACCUAAAGAUUCUGGUAUCAACUACUAG